AGAUGGAAUUUUCUUGACGUAGAGGGCUGCAGAGGGUCUUAUUAAAAAUAUAUCUUUUGUCAGCAAACCAAAUGGCAAUGCCCACUUUGGCAGGUAAUUCACAGCAUCCAAAUCAAGGGAUGGAACCUCCACAGGACCCAGAGCAGAUUCGAUUUGAAGUGGAGUUGGAGUUUGUUCAGUGCCUCGCUAACCCUCACUAUCUUAACUUUCUUGCCCAGAGAGGUUACUUCAAGGAUAAAAAGUUUGUGAAUUAUCUUCAUUAUCUUCAAUACUGGAAGGAGCCUAACUAUGCCAAAUACCUUAAAUUUCCUCAGUGUCUGCAUUUCUUGGAGCUCUUGCAGUAUGAACACUUUAGGAGAGAGUUAGCCAACGCACAGUGUGUCAAGUUCAUUGAGGAUCAGCAGCUCUUGCACUGGCAACACUAUACCCGACGGCGUAUGAGGCUGCAACAGUCCCAUCUGGAGACCACACAACAGCAGCAGCAACUUGCCCAGCAACAGCAGCAACAAGGUGUUGCAGGGGCUACCGGUGGUGUGGCUGCAAGUGGAGUUGCUAACCAGCCUGCAGGUCCGGGGAUCAUGCAGGCACCCUUACCACCUCAGCAACAUCCACAUCAGCAACAACAACAACAUCCGUCUCUACAACAGCAGCAACAGCAACAAAUGGCUUCGCAAAUGAGAACAGGGCAACAAGAUCAGAAACCUUUACAACAGGGAUCUGCAACACAACAAACGAUGAAAUGAGAAGUUCUAACAAAGAAUAAGUCAAUCUCUCAACUCUGCCUUAUGUCCCGCAAAGAGUUAUUUUGAUGCUAAAGUUGCUGUUUGAAGUAUCGGUGUGCAGAACAAUUCAGAAGAGGCUGUUUUAAAUGUUCAUUGGAAGCAAGAUGGAACCAUCGAGUGAAGCCAUGUUGGCAGACUCACUACAAUGGAGCCUCAUGAUAACAAACUCUGGGACCAAGGAAAUGCCCUUGUUGUUUAUAAUUUGUGCUAUUUCAGGGCCCCGUCUUAUGAAGAGUUGAUAUCAAUCGCAACUCAUUUGCGUUUGAUAUCCAUUGUAACUACAGUGUAUGUACAUAAGAGAAAGGAGACUGCAACUUAAAAUUGAUUGGAGGACUUGAUUUGGAUCAAUCCCAGCUCUUUCUUAGAUAGGGUCUAGGACUAAAACAAUAGAGAAUGAAGAGUUGGGGGCGGCAAAAUUACCUAAAUACAAAAUAAGGGUUUUAUUUAGAUUGUGUAUGAGUUAUGGUAUGCUCUUACUCGCAAAUUUUAAUUCGCUCGUCGCAAAAGCAACCUCGAGUUUCCUCAAUUUUGUAAA